AUGAAGUAUCUUCUUCUUUUGUUUGGAAUUGUCAAUGGAGUUGUCAACGGACUCUCAAAAUUAGGCACCUGUGGAAACUUCACCGACAAUCGUCCCUAUCCAGACGGUUGCAAUCCGGAAUGUGACGUUACAAUGGUCCAAGUCAACGCGAUACCCGGACCACUGUCAACAGAAUACAACAAUCAAGACGCCAAAAACUGGAAUGAUUGCAUGUACGCUUGUCAUGGGAAUCUUGCGUGUUUUGCUACCUAUUUCAACCCAACCGUGGGAUGUCGCUGGUGGAAUAUCUACAAAAUCUGGUUCUUUAAUAGAACAGAGGCUCAGAAUAUGCAAGGAGCCCACAUGGCUAUCAAGAUUCCCCUGAGUCCAGUCUCCUGUAAAUACACCACUGAACAGUUGCUGGAUGAUAAGUACUAUCUUCCGUACAACAGGAUUCUAGCAUCUGUCAAACGAGGAUUUUUCCGAAUGAGGACGACACCGAAAUACUACAAAUUCUCGGCUUACGUGGAUGAAAAGUUCGAUUACAAAUUCACCUUUACUGGAUGUGAGUUCGGCACACUUGCAUCAGCGACCCAGACCCAUAAUAAGCAAACGGGGACAUCAGUGACUAACGAAGAGACACUGAUGUGUGUUGGUCUAGUAAAUGCUCCAAAUAUUACACAAGUCGCUGCGAACGAGUUGUGUCAUGAGAUGGAUGGAAAACUGAUGACCGAAAGACAUGCAGGAUUUAUUAAUGAUGGAGGCAAUUGUGGAGGGUCAUUCUCGAGCAUUAUGUUAAAUACACUGAUGUAUCCGGAUUAUGGAACUAAGUUCUUAAGUGGUUACAAAAAUCCAGAAGGUUACAAGAUAUGGUUUGGAUUGGAGAAGACCAAAUAUAGUCAAUCUUUCAAAUGGCAGGCACCCGAGUGGUCGAUAGUUAAUAGACAGACCUAUAAAAUGUGCUCUUCGGGAAUGCCCUGGAACACUUAUGUGAAUGAAACUAUAAAUAAAGUACAGUUCACAUGGGGACCUGGUCAACCAAAGAUGGCUAGUGGACUAGACUGCGGAUAUAUGCACUAUAAAUAUCAAUCUCCAUACCCAGGAUACAGUCUGAAAACAGCGAGAUGCGACGACGUUGCCGAUAUCUUCGCUUGCGGACACGAAACUCAAGCGAAAAAAGGAAUUCCACCGUUCCAAAAGAUUGCUGACGAAUAUGGAUACGGAGGCCGAAAUUUCACAUACGUGGAGAAGGAACGUGGAUUUUGGCAAUAUCUAUAUUAUAAUGGUACUGAUAUUAAAAAGAGUGUUUGA